AUUCAAUUUUAAAAGUAUUUUAUUAUGUAGGUACCUACCUUACUUUAAAUGAGCUUUUUUAGUCAUUAAAUUCUAUUGACGGCGAAUAUUAGAUAUAUUAUUAAAGAACAAAAAGACUCACUCGUAUUAUUAAUUUUAUAACUAUUUUAAUAAUGGAUAAUUUGAGAUUGGAGGCUGGUGAUCAGAUGAAGAACGAUAUGUAUACAAAUGAAAAUGAUUCUGAAGAUGAGGUAUUUAUUGGAAAAAUGUCUUUGGAAGAAGUGAAAAAACGUAUUUUUAUGCGCCCUUUUCGUAAAACAAUUUCGUUUGAUAAAACCCCUGUGGACACUGAUAAAACUACUAGCAGUAUCAAAAUUAUUGAAGUGCACUCUGAACCUGAUAUAAUUUCCAAAAGAGAAAAUGAGUUUAUAUUAAACAAUGACACAAAUACCAGACGCAUCUCUAAUCCUGAUAUUUCUCAAAUGGAAACAUGUUCAAAUAGGGAUGAUAACUCCCCUGAGGAUAGUUUUAUAAAGCUAGAGAAAAUGGUGGCAAAUUUAUUUAUGUCACCUAAAAAAGAAGAAUUAGAUAAUACAUUGGAUAUUGUGAAGAAAAUACCAGUCAAUCAUUGCUAUUUUAAUACUUCUCCUACUGAUUUGUUACCAGAGAUAAAGAUUGAAACAGAUCCGGAUUCAGAUCUCAUAGUUAAGCAGGAAACAAAUACUGUCACAGAAUAUCUGAAGGAAGAACUUAUUGCAUCUUCUGACAAGUUGUGUAAAAUGGAAAUGAAGCCAGAGCCAAGCUCACAACAGCAGAACAGCAGUAGUAAAAAGACUGGUCAAUUAAGAACACCAUUAUUUAAGACACCAUCUACUGCAAUAAAAGGAAAAAAACAAUUGGACCUACACAAUAAAAAUACUAAUAAAAAGACAAUUCACAAAUUCAAUGCAUAUGAUCACAUAACUAGUCCAGUGGCUUCCUACAUAAAGAAAUCUCAAGUGCCUCUUGUCAAAGAUGUGUGUCCAAAGAAACCAUUGAUUGGUUCAUCACAUAUACCCAAACCAAUUAAGGCAAACUUAGAACCUAAAAGCAAUAACAAAGAGAAUGUUAUUUUAACACCAGUUGCAUAUAAAAGUGCUAAGAAAACAAAAGUGAUUAACCUGCCCAACAAGGAGAAGAUGCCAAAGAGUCCAUGGGCUGAAAAAGUUGCUACUGCAUUACCUAAAGCAUUUGUAAUCAAGCAUGACCAUAGAGAAAUGAACCUUAUAUCAAAACCUGGGCCAACAUUUCAAGAUAGUUUUGCUGAUCUAUCUCUGCACCAGGCAGAAGUCUCUGUUUGCACACAAAAACCUGCAUUUAAAAAUCUUUAAAAUAUUUUACAAGACUUGAUAUUUAUGAAUUUUGAAUGAUUUGAGAAUAAAAUAAAAUAAAAAUUAUUUA